GUCGCGUCGCUGAGGUUUCCGCCCGGGAUCUGAGAGCCGCUUCCGUUGCUCAGCGGAAGUGUGGGUCGCCAGAGGACGACUCCGGGAGGGAUCGGCUCUCCGCUGUGUGCCCAACCGGAAUCAUGUCGAGUUUGGCGGUGAGGGACCCGGCGAUGGAUCGGUCGCUGCGUUCCGUGUUCGUGGGCAACAUUCCGUACGAGGCCACCGAGGAGCAGCUGAAGGACAUUUUCUCGGAGGUGGGUUCGGUGGUCAGCUUCCGACUGGUGUACGACCGCGAGACGGGCAAGCCCAAGGGCUAUGGCUUCUGCGAGUACCAGGACCAGGAGACCGCGCUCAGUGCCAUGCGGAACCUCAACGGGCGCGAGUUCAGCGGCAGGGCGCUGCGGGUGGACAACGCCGCCAGCGAGAAGAACAAGGAGGAGCUCAAGAGCCUCGGGCCCGCGGCGCCCAUCAUCGACUCCCCGUACGGGGACCCCAUCGACCCCGAGGACGCCCCCGAGUCCAUCACCAGGGCGGUCGCCAGCCUGCCGCCGGAGCAGAUGUUCGAGCUCAUGAAGCAGAUGAAGCUGUGCGUGCAGAACAGCCACCAGGAAGCGCGGAACAUGCUGCUGCAGAACCCGCAGCUGGCCUACGCGCUGCUGCAGGCUCAGGUGGUCAUGAGGAUCAUGGACCCCGAGAUCGCGCUGAAGAUCCUGCACCGCAAGAUCCAUGUCACGCCGCUGAUCCCGGGCAAAUCCCAGCCUGUCUCCGGCCCCGGCCCCGUCCCCGGCCCUGGUCCUGGUCCCGGUCCCGGUCCCGGUCCCGGCCCGGGGCUGGGUCCCGGCCCCAAUGUUCUGCUCAACCAGCAGAACCCUCCCGCCCCACAGCCUCAGCACAUGGCCAGAAGACCCGUCAAAGACAUCCCUCCACUGAUGCAGACCCCUAUCCAGGGCGGGAUUCCGGCCCCGGGCCCCAUACCGGCCGCGGUUCCCGGGCCGGGGCCUGGUGCCUUAACCCCUGGUGGAGGAAUGCAGCCCCAGGUUGGAAUGCCAGGCGUCGGUCCAGUGCCUUUAGAGCGGGGUCAGGUGCAGAUGUCGGAUCCUAGAGCUCCUAUACCUCGUGGGCCCAUGACUGCUGGGGGCCUCCCUCCUCGAGGACUGUUGGGAGAUGCUCCAAACGACCCACGUGGAGGGACUCUGCUUUCAGUCACUGGAGAAGUAGAGCCCAGAGGCUAUCUUGGCCCGCCUCAUCAGGGCCCCCCCAUGCACCAUGCCUCUGGUCAUGACGGCCGGGGCCCUUCCUCACAUGAGAUGAGGGGAGGGCCGUUAGCAGAUCCCAGACUGCUGAUGGGAGAGCCCAGGGGACCCAUGAUAGAUCAGAGAGGUCUCGCUAUGGAUGGUAGAGGUAGUAGAGAUUCUCGAGGGCUGGAGACUCGAGCCAUGGAGACUGAAGUCUUAGAGACACGAGUGAUGGAGAGAAGAGGAAUGGAGACCUGUGCGAUGGAAACCAGAGGGAUGGAAGCGAGAGGCAUAGAUGGAAGAGGGAUGGAGAUACGGGGUCCUGGCCCCAGUUCCAGAGGCCCUAUGACUGGUGGAAUCCAGGGUCCUGGGCCCAUUAGUAUGGGGGCAGGUGGUCCUCAGGGACCUAGACAGGUCUCCAGCAUUUCCGGGGUGGGAAAUCCUGGAGCUGGCAUGCAGGGGGCAGGCAUACAAGGAGCGGGCAUGCAGGGGGCGGGCAUCCAAGGAGCAGGUAUGCAGGGGGCGGGCAUGCAGGGGGCAGGCAUACAAGCAGUGGGCAUGCAGGGGGCAGGCAAGCAAGGUGGAGGCCAGCCUAGCAGUUUUAGUCCUGGGCAGAGCCAGGUAACUCCACAGGAUCAAGAAAAGGCAGCUCUGAUCAUGCAGGUUCUUCAACUGACUGCAGAUCAGAUCGCCAUGCUGCCCCCUGAGCAAAGGCAGAGCAUCCUCAUUUUAAAGGAACAAAUUCAGAAAUCGACUGGGGCUUCUUGAAAGGUUUUAGGAAAUGUUUGGCAGUAGUCCUAAAGUUUUUCUGUAGCAUGGGGAGUGGAUGCAGAAAGCUGACUUCUGCAUUCCCACAGUUGAAUGGUUAAGAGUUUCCCUCCCAGAACUUUAUCUCAUUGCAUCUUGUUGUCUUUUGUUGUUGUUGUUUGUAUUUUUAAUAGGGGGGUGGGGGGAGGAAGGAGUGGGUCUGUUCACUUUUAUUCACUGUAAAUAUACACAAAUAAUUCUGAACAUGGUUAUAUUUUACCAAAUAAGAUUACAAAGAAUAUGCAGCAAUAUUAAAAGUGUCUACAAUAUGUUAACUACAUUUUUUAAAAUAACUGGGUUAAACAGUGUGAAAACUGCACGUAAAGACUAAACUAUGACCUGUUAAAAUGGUAAUGUACUAAGAUAGUUUAAGAUUUUUGGUUGUGUAAGAAAAUAAAGAAGUUUACCUCAGAAUUACAAGAUACAUGUUUUGGUAAGCCAUUGAAAAUACAAAGUCCUAUUUUGGGGACAAUGCUGUAUUAGGUUAAGCAUCAUUUUAGUGUUUUGGAAGAUACUUCAAAAUAGUAGUGCUAAUUGACUUGUGGUAUUAGAAUUGUUUUGUUUUGUUUAAGCUAUGCUACCUGAAUAAUCCAGGAAUGCAUCUGGUGAGAUGUUUCACUUAUCCCAGUAUUCAGACACCUGCAGUAUUCCGGCUUGGCCUUGAGCGGAACGAUUUAGCUGGGGCAGGUCUGGGAUCAGCCAGGUUACUGAAUGCUGCUCCCAUGAGACUCAGCUGCUCUCAGUACCCUCUUGUUUCUCAGUGGUCUUCAAGCCCUGAAUAUGAAUCUAAGUAAUCCCCUCACGUCCUUCCUGAUGAUUUCAGUGUCUCGGCAGUAGCUGAUCUGGGUGAAUUCUGCCCAGCAUUAGACUUCUCGUAAGUUGCCAAAAGCUUCAUGCUGUGAAGUUCCCAGGUUCCUGGGGACUAGCUUCCAUGUACAGAUGGUACCCAUGUGGUCAGCCAGAGUCAGGACUUAAAAUCUUAGUCCCUCCAACACUUACCAUGCCUUUCAGUUUUCUUAUUUGCAGAUCUACUUACUAUCACCCUGUUACCAGAAUAAUUGAGACCCAGGUAUGUAGAGAAAUCUCUGCUCGACUAGUUAUUACUUAUUUUGCUUUUUAUAAUAAAGCCGUUUAGUCCUAAUAUACAUAACUCUGAGAGAUUUAAAAGUAGGAAGGUGGGGCUUACCACAUUUUCUGUAGAGCUACUACCUAAUUCAUUUUCAACGCUUGAAGAUGUGGAUGAACACCUACAAAUUUGUGUCAGACCAAAUUAUAAUUAACAGAAGCAUAAACAGCCAAAUAAUCAGGUGGCCUUACCCUGGAGAAGAAAAACCAAUGUCUAGUAACAGGAAAAAACAGCAUUUAAUACAAGGAGAGAGCUGAAACUUGGAAACUGAAUUUUUCCCCUUAGGAGGUUUUUGCAUCUUAAAUGGGUAUUUGACUCUUUUUUACAAAGUUUUCUUCCCCUGUGCUAUUUCCUGCCACCUGUUUUACUCAUAUUUUUUUUAUUGUUUUCAUAAUAUCCACCUUGCCAUGUUUUCUAUAUGCUCCCCACCCCCAUAUUGGGGAGGAUAACUCCUUUGCAUGUAUGAUAGUUUUGGUUAAUACUAAUUCACAGAGUUGGCUUGAUUACUUGGAAGUUACCAUUGUUUUAUCUCAAAACUUUCACUGAAGGGCUCUGACUGAAAACAGAUGUUACAUUCUUUGUUGUAGUUAAAUCUGCAUUGUUCAGUGCAGACUGAAUAAAAGGAAUGUAAAAUUAA